AAUUUAGUCGAACCAGUUCAGUUCGAAUUUGUAUGUAGCUUUCCUUUAGUACCUACGUAAUUAUUUGUUUAUUUUGCAAACAAAACAUGAUUAAAACAUUAUAUUAAAGAAAUGGACGAUAACCAACAGAUAUUAGGAUUUUCCACUAAAACUGCAUUAAUAAAAUUACGCAAUGAUAUGCGUUUUGUGUUAGAAGAACAUAAACAGAAAAAUCGAUUUGCACUCAUACGAAAUGUGAUAUCAUUUUCAUCCGAGAAGGUGCUGUUGUCAGGAGUAGCUUACACUAUAACACUAUUAUUUAUAAUUUUCCUGAUAUUAACAUAUUUAGUAGGUGAAUCUGUACAAGCCCAUGCAUAUUUACUAUGGGAAGCAUUGUAUCUGUUUAUUAUAUUGGUUAUAAAUUUUCUGGUUGCAUACAACGAAGAAUAUCUACAUACAAAUGAAAUACCACAUAGAGUUAAAAAAGUUUUGGAGACACUAGAUGAAGCUAUAGAGAAGUCAAAAUGGGACCAAGAACAUUAUCCUCAUCUGUGUGCUCCAUUCUCACCUUGUGUGACACUCCAGUGGACAUAUCGAGAUGCUGCCAUUGUGAAUUUACCAUGGGCACUUCUGGUAAAAGGUGACAUUAUUGUGCUACGACCAGGUCAGGAGGUCCCAGGACACUGUCAAGGUCUAGAGCCAGAGGACUCUGAACUUUUCUUUGGACAAAUUUUCCAGCCUAGUUCACAGCAAACGGAGAUUUUAACUACACCGAAAAUACGCACACCUCAUCAAAACAAAGCAUAUCGUCUGUGCGAGACACCUUAUUUGAAAAACUUGAAAUUGGCACUGCAACAAGCAACGACUAGACCAGUUACAGUAUUUGAGAAACAGAGGUAUUUGUGUACAGUAAAAAUAAUGGAAGGGAUAGUGCUGCCACUGGUGAUAUCCCUGGUGGUGGUGGCGAGCUUUGUGCGCCACGUGUACCACCUGCCGGGCGUCACGCAUUGGACCGAGAUCUACUUCCUACAGACCAUUGCCGCCUCAUUGCCGGUACUACAGAUUGUCUUCCCCAUUGCUUGGGUUACCCUCAACUGCUACGGUAUGGCUAGGUUUAAACUUCUAUCCGAAACACGUCAAAAAUACAUACGUCCUAAGUCAUGUUCGAUAUCGGAGGAUGCCAGCGACCCGCUCAUUCAAGCGCUCAGUGAAUCCAAUUUGAAACCAGAGAGCCUCAAAUCCUUGGGAAAAACAUUUUUUAACACACUCACUGGUAAAGAAAAUAUGGUGUCGAGGACUGCUAAUAUCGUCCAUGUCUUAGGAUCGUUAUCGGCUCUUUGUUGCAUCGACAAAAAAGGCAUAUUGUCGUGGCCAAAUCCGACAGCUGAGAAGGUAUUUUUUCUCCGUAACACGAAUUCUUCUUCCAACAAUUCGAGCAAUACAAGUUUGGUAGAUUCAAUGGGUCACCAGAGUCAGACGACGCUUAAUCAGCCAACAGAGAACAAACAACCUUCUGAUCCUUCCACUAUCGUUGAGGUGCUGGACCUGACGCACGACCAGAACGCGCCGUUCUGCGUCGAGUUCGACGACCAGCGGUGGCGGCAGCACCUGGCGCGGCUCAAGCCGCUGGGGCUGGCGGCGCUGCUUAACACGUGCGCGCCCGCACCGCGGCACACGUACGCACACUUCUGCGCACACCUCACCGCCGAGGCACUGCACAGCGAAGACUUGGUGCCUGUGACAAAUCGACGGUGCCUCUGCGAACUGGCAAAGCAGAUCGGAUUCACUGACACAGUUACCGACUCCUAUACUGUACAAGAAUGUCUGCCGAUAUUUAGAAGACUGCAAGCGGAGACGAUCCGCCGCGAGACGCGAUUUGUUCGGUCGCUACAGCUGAGCACGCGCGUGAAGGUUCCGCUACCGCACAUGCUUUCCGUGCUAGUGCGUGACCCGCGACAUCAGCUGCAAAUGCUCUCGCAGGGUACUGCAGAUAUUAUAUUGGACGCGUGUGUGGACUACUGGAACGGACAAGAUCUCACUCCCAUAUCGCCGUCCGACCGCAAGAAGAUCAUAGAUUUCUACCAAAGGAACUCGCUCACAGCGUACUGCACAGCCUUCGCUUACAAGCCCCUGACGCGCAGCAUCACACCGUCGCUGGCGGCCCAGUACCUGGAGCUGCCGAUGGACAGCCGGCGGCUGUACGCGCCGCUCUCGCAGCAGUGGACCGACGAGCCCCCGCCGCACUUCCACUCCACCGAUUCAUUGCUAUUGACUGAUGUGACAGAAGAAGAUGUCAAUGACACCGAAGGAUACUUCGACAUGCAGUGUGACCAAAUAUUUAUAGGAAUGGUAACAAUGCAGUACCAGGCGCAAAGCGACAUGGUAGAGUUGAUUGAACGAUUAGAGCGCGCCUGCAUUCGCUUUGUUCACUUCAGCAAGGAGAACGAACUACGCUCGCGGGUAUUUAGCGAGAAGAUGGGGUUAGAGUCCGGCUGGAAUUGCCAUAUCUCGCUCAUGAACGAUGAGAAUGCCAGCAAGAGUGGUUCGCCGCUGUCGUCGCAAAACCUUCCGAAUGCGGGCAAGGAGCGCGCUAACACGGCCUCGCGACUCACUAGAAACAUCGAUAAAUAUGAAACGCCUACGCUCGGCUUUUACUAUAGCCACAAGAUGGCGUCGACGAAGGCGAUGUCGAUGUCGGCCCCGGGGGCGAUUAACCUGGAACACACCACCGUCAAAUUUGACAACGAGAUCAAGAAGGCUCGCCAUUCUAUAACCACGCACAGCGGUCUGAAGCGCGGCAGUAUUGCAACGAGCCACCCAUCUUCGGACUCGCUGCUGGACGAGGGCGAGGGCGCGGGCUCGCCGGUGGACGCGUGCCGCUCGCUGUCCUGCCUUACAGACUCCACCGACCACUCCGCACCGGUUAACUUCGACAUGAGCAAUAGGGCGAAGUUGCCGCGCGGCAUCGAGAACAUCAGGCCUCACAUCGAGCAGGUGGAUAACGUGCCUCUGCUGGUGUCACUGUUCACCGACUGCACGGCGCGCUCCGUGCAGCUCAUGGUGCAGAUCAUGCAGGAAUACGGCGAAGUGGUCUGCGUCAUGGGAUCGGCCGCCAACUGUUUAAAUAUGGAAAUAUUUAUGCAGGCGGAUGCCAGCAUAGCCGUUGAACCUCUAUAUCCAGUGUUGUGCCAAAAAAUGCCACCAUACCAGGUCCCCGGAAAAUGUGUUGGGCCCAUAGACUUGGCGCGCUCACUCAAUUCGAUACCUUGCUCAUUAUCGAUCAUGGCUGUGGGCGAUGAUUACACGUUCCAACGGAUAACGCGCGACGCCGACGUGUCGCUGUUCACACUAAUCACAAUGUCACGCCACUUCAUGAUGUGCUUGUGGAACAGCACGCAGUUCUGGCUUUGCAGCUCCUGUUUUAUUGCUUUAUUGCAGGUGGGGUCGCUGUGCGCGUUCCUGCCGCUGUCGCUGAGCGCGGGGGGCGCGGCGUGGGCCGGCGUGGUGUGCGUGCCGCUGCUGGCGGCGACGCUGGUCUUCGCGCCGCUCGACGCAGCGAUCAUGCAGCGCGCCGCCACUCGCCCGAACCUCCAUAUGACCGCGCAGAUGGCGGUGUUUGUGUUCUGGUGUUACGCAUGCAAGUUCCUACCGUCUGCUAUAUCCAUCCUGAUGCUAUACGGGUUCACGUUGCGCGCUUUCUGCGAGCAAAUAUCCGCGGCGACCAACUCCACGUCGUGCUGGAUCGUGUACCCGGUGAACUUGGACGCCGAGCCGGCAAUAGACUUGACGCAGCGCAGCUGGCACGGCUGGGGCGAUGACUUCUACGACGGGUUCUAUCUCGCGCAGCACAUCACACUCGCGUUGAUAACAUUGCAUUUAGUUGUGAUCUCAUUAUCAUUUGUACAUCGACAAUCGUCUAUUUGGCAAAGAAGUUUUUGGACCAACAAAGUAUGGUCGGGAAGUGUUGUUGUUUUGAUAUUACUACAGUGUAUAUUCAGUGUCACAAUGCUCAGUAACAAGUACGGGUUCUGCGAGAGUUGGCAUCUGUGCGAGUUACAGUACCACGUGCCGUGGCCCCUCGCGUUUGGCUACGUCAUCUCCCUGCUGUUCAUCUUUGUGCUCAAUGAAUUUAUCAAGUGGCAGGAGAUCAAAGCCGACAUCCGCAACCGAAGACGGGCCAGGUUAGAUUUUGGAACAAAGCUGGGAAUGAACUCGCCAUUUUGAUUAUGACUUAAACUACUAGUCAAUUACGUUUUAGUAUUAUUUUUUGAUAGACUUGAAAAUGUUAACGAAGCCAAAACGACGAUAUUAUGUUUAAGAGAAAAUGUGACAAUGUACUUAACACGGUACCUAAUAUGCUAUUUUGUACUUAAUUUUUUUAUUAUAAGACUAUUUUACAGGGACUUGACUGUUUCCAAUAAACAUUAUAUACAA